UCUUGGCCAAGGAUUGGUGUUCUGAAAUUUGAUGCUCUCCACAGACCGAAUUGCCAACAAUGCAGCAAUGACCCGGCAAACUGCCACUAUCCCGAGCAAAGCAGACGGGGAAUCCCAAUUGGUUUCAUUAACAGACUAGAAGCUCGCCUAGCAGAAACAGAACACGCCCUACAUCGCCUUCUCCAGUAUAUUGAUGAAGGCACAUUCUAUCCUUCGAACCUCGCACAGACCCCUGACCAAAGUAAAGCCGACAGGGUCAAGGAAUGGGACAGCUUUCCCUUGGAAUCUAUGAUGGACAUUAGGAGAUGGCAUGAGCAGCAUGUCGGAACAGCAACCCCAGCAAGUGGUACUCACAGCUCGCAGCAAAACCUGUCACCCCAUGAUGUGGCUUGGCAGCCCGGCCACUAUAGUCAGAGCCAGGGCCCUGAUCUGAGCCCAGCUUCAUCGUUCAAUCACGCGCCAAACCUGGCAUCUCAAAGUGAAGUGAUAGGGCCACCUGUUGACUUGAAUCAAGCACCCGCGACACUAAUCGACCCAUUGUGGGGGAACACUCCGCAGGCUUCGGAGGGCAAGGCGAAAGAUUUGAGCAAAAAUCGACCAAAUUUGUAUUUU